AAAGAAAAAUGGCAGAUACAGGAGAAAAAGACACAGAAACGACGGCAAGUGGUACCGAUGGACACAGUAAAGAGGCGCUUGCUGUAAUAAGCAUGCUCCACGAGUGUGGAAUUCAAGAGUUUGAUCCACGCGUCGUUUCAAUGCUUAUGGAUGUUCAAUACGCAGUGACGUCAAAAAUCCUCCAAAUGUCAAGUGGACUGUCCAGGCAUGCUGAAAAAGCGCAAAUCGAGGCAGAAGACGUUCAAACGGCGGCCGACAUGCUCGGCGUUCUGACCACAAACGCUCCGGACCGUGAGAAGAUUCUGCAAUUGGCGAAUGACAAAAAUCAGCAGCCCCUACCGCAAAUUCGACACAAUUAUGGCCUGAAGCUGCCCAACGAUCGAUUCUGUCAAUUACAGCAGAAUUUUGUGUACAAAGCUGACGACAGUUAUCAGCCAAUGGAAAUGCAACAAGUCACCCAUCAGCCACAUAUCAUCGAACCACCAACACAAGUGCUACGGCCGGAGCAUGUACAGAAUAUGCUCAAGCGAAGAGCUCCAGACGAUGAUUUUGACUCAUAACUUUUUAAUUUUGUUUUUUUUAUGCCAUUUUCUACUUUAUCUAAUCAAUCCUGCCAAUGAUCUCUAUGAAACCCAGAUUUUUAUUUAUAAAAUUCAAAAAUUU